GAAAGAAUGGCGAACGAAAGAGAACAGAAGCAGUUAGAACUCGGAACCGAAGCUUUGGGCGGCAGAAUAACUGAUAUAAAAUCCUCCCUGGGCCAACUUAUACUUAAACUUGAAACUGAUCCUAACUUAAACUGGCAUUCCUUUCUGGACAGCUAUGCUCUAAUAUCAGGUCAGAUGAACUCGUUGUUGAAGCAAAUGAAGCAUGAGAAGACUCCACCCUUGAAGAAGUACAUCACACUCCCCCUCCUUCUCUCACCAGAUAGAGACGAAGAUCUUCUUAAACUCACAGAACACAGGGUGACAACGUUUAGCCAUGACCUGAUCCCGAACUACCUGAGGACCAGGCCGGACCCGGAGAUAGAGGCGAGGUAUAAUACCCUCGAGACUAGAGCUAACGGAGCUAGCCAGGAUCAGCAGCAGAAACAGAUCGCUGUGAUGGAGAAGAUCACGAGGGAGACCUUGAAGCUCAUCCGGAGAGAAAGGGAUGAGAUGGAAUCAAAAUCUAGCUCAAGACCUGAAGCUGAAAUUACGUACAGAAAUGAAGAUACACAAUCUCUACUAGCUGCUAUAAAUAAUGGAAAAGGAUUGAAGACUGUAGCUCCUGUUCUACCCUCCCGACAGAGUCCUGCCCCCAGCCAGCAGAUGCAGAACGUCAAGGCUCCAUCAACAAUUAAAACUAAUAUUAAAGCUGCCAACACGGUGCAUCCUUAUCAACGAUAGGAGGACUUAGCAAACCUUGUAUUAAGAGUGAUAUGUCGUUUUUUUACAGUAUUUCUUUAAUAAUUAUUUCAACGGGAUCAUCUCAAAAGUUAUUUUUUUAAUAUUUAUAAAAAUCCGCUGUAAAAAAAUCUGUUUUUUAUUUGCCUUUCAAAUUGUUCAUCUGAUGCUUGCAUAUGUAGUAUGUUUUAUUACUGUUUCAGAGAUUUUCCAAACCAAAACAAUAAUCUUUGUAAAUUAUUUUUAAUUGCCUUUUAAAUUAUUCAUCUGAUGCCAUUAUAUGCAUUGAAUUACUACUGUUUCAGA